AUUUAUGCUCUUUAUACAUUUUCAAAAUGUAAAGAUCCACAACAAGAGGAAUGGGUUUGUUCUUAGUCCUAUUCCCCGACCACAACAACAACGACUCUUCUUCUUAUUAUUCUCCGGCAAAAACUACCUUCCGCUCCAAAUUAUCCUCUCGUCUUCUCCUCUCCAAGGCUGAAUCCACAAUCUCAAGCUGCAUCAUCCUCCUCUUCCUCACUCUCUUCCUCUUCACUCUCUCUACAUUCGAAGAACCUUCCUCUCGUUUUCCCGCCAUUUCUUCUCCUCACUGGCGAUUUCUCCUCAACCGCAACAUCAUCUCUCGUCGUUUCGCUCUACAAGGAAUGGGUACUCUGUUUCUAAGAGGAACCAAGAGCAUGCACGAUUUAAUCAUUGCUCAUAUCGCUUCCGUUACAACGGAGAACGAUCUCCGUCUCUUUAUACGGUUGCUUCACCGCUCCGGAGUUACUUCAAAAUCCGACGUCGUUUUACUCUUCAAUUCACCUUCAUCCACUACAAGAUUCACCGAGUUGAUCGAACAAGAGAACAACUCGUUCUUAAAGCUCGUUCAUGUUCAUCGGAAUGAUUCGAUGACAUCAUCAUCAUCAUCAUCUGAGCAUGUUAUUUGGGGGAAGAAGAGUCGUCAUCGAGCUAAUUAUAACUCGAACGAGCUGACUCAUGGCUCGAUAGUUGGUUUCGACGUAACUGAGUUGGAUCCUGAAAACUCUUUAUCCGGGUUUAUGGAUCAAGUUCCGUUAAGCUUGAGGAGAUGGGCUUGUUACCCAAUGCUUCUUGGUCGAGUACGACGCAGUUUCAAACACGUUAUGCUUGUUGACGCUAAAACUUCAUUUUUCAUCGGUGACCCGUUUACCCGGAUUCGUAACCGGAGCCCCGACUCAGUCCUCUUCUUCUUCUCAAAACACAAGAACGCCUCCGAGGUUAAUCCGGAGAUUUUGAUCGGUGGAGCUAAAGGAAUCAGGAGAUUGUCGAGCUCCAUGCAUACUGAGAUUGUGAGAGCGACGAUGAUGAAGAAGAACUCGGUUACGGAAGUAACGGAAUCGGUUGUGUUGAGUCAACUCGUCGGGAAUGUUCAUAUGACGAAGAACUUUCAAGUGGUUUUAAGUGAGUCAGUGGUGCCGGAAGCGAAUUAGUUAUUAUGAAACGUAUUUGUUCAUGUUUAUACUGUUAUUAUGGCGAUAAUUAUGAAACGUAUUUGUUCAUGUGAAUUGGAUUCUUCUGUCUACGAUAAUUAAUGUUGGCAAUAUUUUUUUAAAAAAUUACAAAAAAUAUAUAAAAUUUUUGUAUUCAUUUGAC